AUGAGCAACAAGGAAUUGAAAUCAAAUCUUUCUUCAGCUGAUAUCAUUGGUGGUAACCAAGAUAUUCUUACGGAAAUACUUCUCCGAAUACCUGCAAAGUCACUGCUUACAUUCAAGUGUGUGUCAAAACAGUGGCUUUCUGUGAUUUCUGACCCUGAAUUCUGCCUCUCUCAUACUCGCCACAAACUUAGCCGUCACCCCACACCGAAUGCCCUCUUGCUCAACAACCAGUACUCUUCUUCUCCUGAAUUCCAGGUUGUACCUCUCAAGGAUGCUACAAGAGUCCCGUUCUUGGACUAUCUCAAUGUACCAAGAAUCAAGAUUGAGCGUUCUUGCAAUGGCUUGCUGCUCUGCUCUUCUAGCUACGCGAUCAAUGGUGACGAUCUUCCUGCAAAUCCUGUAGACCAUUCUAGCGACGUGAUCAAUGGUGAUGAUCUUGGGCCUCGUUAUUUUAUUUGCAACCCAACUACGAGGCAAUUCAAGAGACUUGUUUUCCCUAGUCACAUAGUAAUACCUGAACUUUUGUUACCUCAUUAUCGGUGGCUUUUUUUGGCAUUUGAUCCUAUGAAGUCACCUUACUACAAGAUAAUUCUCUUGGCCAUUAUGUCGAAGACAGAAAUUGGAAUUGAUGUGUAUUCAUCAAAGACAGAAUCAUGGACUCAGGCACCAACCCCUUUCGAAUGGCCAUUCGAAAUUUUCAUCUGUAGUGGGGUUUUUUGUAACGGUGCCAUUUAUUGGUACAGUACGGCAGCUACUUCAGUUUAUUUUGAUGUUGACAGUGAGACUGUGAAGAAAAUAACAAUGCCUCCAAUGCCUCUUAUGUUCAAGGAUAUGCCCCUGACACACAUUAUGUACUUUGGGGAGUCUCGUGGCCAUUUGAACUUGUUAGGUUUUUAUGAUUUCUCCAAUUUGUCAAAAAUGUAUGUCUGGGAGAUGCCAUCUAAUCACUCUGGCUGGCUUGUGAGAUGCCUUGUGGAUCUUCAUUCUAUAAGAGAAAAUCCUCGUGCACUUUCAGUAUUGAGUGUUAUUCGCACUGAAAAGGGAGAAGAGUUGAUGCUUGUUCUGCUUAUGGAUGGCGGUAGAGUUGUAUCUUAUAAUACUUGUGAUGGAGCAUCCAACAAGCUAUGUGACUUGGAGCCAAGAACAGAAAUUGACAAUAACAGUUCUAUUGGAUUCACUACCAUCAAGGGGUCUGGUCUUCAGCAGAUGGCUUGUGCGUUUGAUGCAUUACAAAGACACAACUAA